UGUUUUACAGAAAAGAGAAUUUGCAGUGUCUGUGUAGGUUAGAGUGAGAGAGAGUUAUUUAUCUCUCAUCAAACAGUCCAGAGUCAUGGAUUACUCUGCUCUACUGCAACCUACACCAAUGCUGUUCCUCUUUGUGUUGCCGCUAUUGUUUUUAUUUGGUAUGUUAUUAAGGGGACGUAAGAAACUACCUUACCCACCAGGACCAAAGGGUCUACCCAUCAUUGGAAACAUGAACAUGUUGGAUCAGCUCAAUCACCGUGGAUUUUCCAAACUCGCCAAACAAUACGGUGGUCUCUUACAUCUUCGUUUGGGUGGUCUCCACGUGGUGGUAGCGUCUACCCCUGAGAUGGCUCGCCAAGUCCUUCAAGCCCAAGACAUCAACUUCUCCAAUCGCCCACUUAACAUAGCCAUCAAGUACCUUAGCUACGACCAAGCUGAUAUGGCUUUCGCCCACUACGGUUCCUUCUGGCGUCAGAUGCGUAAGGUCUGUGUCAUGAGGCUGUUCAGUCGCAGAAGGGCUGAGUCUUGGGCGUCCGUCAGAGACGAGGUGGAUUCGAUGAUCCAUACCUUGGUGUCCCAGGCCGGGGAAGGGAAGUCCAUCAACGUCGGAAGCCUCUUCUUCUCACUAGCAAUGAACAUCACCUACAGGGCUGCCUUUGGGUCAGAUGUCUUGGAGGGUCAAGAGAAGUUUGUGUCUAUAAUGCAGGAGUUCUCGCACCUGUUUGGGGUUUUCAACUUGGCCGAUUUCAUACCAUGGCUCGGCUGGGCAGAUCCCCAUGGGCGCCGGAUCCAUAAGACACUCGUUAAGGCACGUAACUCGCUUGAUGUGUUCAUCGACAAAAUCAUCGACGAUCACUUGGAGAAGAGGAAGAGCAGCAAUCGAUCUGAUGAUGAUGAUGUUGAAACUGAUAUGGUGGAUGAUCUGCUCGCUUUCUACACCGAAGAAGAACCACAGAAGAGUGGGGAAUCGGCCGAUUUACAAGGUUCCAUCACCCUCACUCGAGACAACAUCAAGGGCAUCAUCAUGGACGUGAUGUUCGGGGGAACAGAAACGAUUGCUUCAUUGAUAGAGUGGACUGUGACGGAGCUGCUAAAGAGUCCUGAGCAUAUGAAGAGGGUGCAACAAGAAUUAGAGGACGUGAUAGGGCUGGACAGGAUAUUUCAAGAGUCGGACUUAGAGAAUCUCCCCUACUUCAGAGCCACAAUCAAGGAGACACUCCGCCUCCACCCACCGCUACCGGUCUUACUUCACGCCGCAGCCGAGGACGCAGAAGUGGGAGGCUACACCAUCCCAAAGGGAGCAAGAGUGCUUGUCAAUGUUUGGCAAAUUGGAAGGGAUAAAGACUCAUGGGAGGAGCCAGAAACCUACAAUCCAGCUCGGUUCAUGAGUGAUGAUGCCCCUAAUUACAAGGGAAACAACUUCGAGUACUUGCCAUUUAGUUCAGGUAGGAGGUCUUGCCCAGGAAUGCAGUUGGGAAUGUAUGCCUUAGAAUUGGCUUUGGGUCACCUCCUCCACAACUUCAAGUGGGAGUUGCCUAAUGGCCUGAAGCCUAGCGAUAUCGACAUGAGCGAUUCCUCCGGAAUUACCACUCCCAAAGCGGUUCAACUCGUAGCUGUACCCACUAUUCGCCUCACCUGCCCCAUCUUGUGAGUUAUAUAUGACCCAUCAAUGGUGGCUGCUUGUGAUCAUUUAAUGGUUGGCUAUAUUACAAUUGUAAACAUAUCAAAUUGGCUUCCUUGGUAUAUGUAAUAGGAGGUCGUCUUCUUCUUCGUAUUGUAUUGUAAGAGGGCAGAAGUUAUAUUAUGUAGCUAAUAAAAUAAGGGGCAGAAAUAAGUUAUAUAU